AUGCUCGACCCCCACACGAGCCUGGGCAUCGCCCAGACCGUCUUCUAUGCGCCCAUGGUGCCGCUCGCCAUAUACCUCAUGAAGCGCAACGGCAGAAUCCGCCCGCGCAUGGCCUGGUGGCCACUUAUACCCUUUUCGCUGAUGCGACUCGCCGGCGGGCCCGUCAUCAUUGCCCUCGAAAAGAACCCCGAGAGCAUCGGUCUCAUCAUCGCGGCAAUCAUCCUCCUCAAUGUCGGCGUCAUCCCGCUCAUCGUCGCCGACCUGGGUCUAACACGCGUCAUCCUCAUGGACAACUACAGCCACAGCCCGCACUCGAACCGCAUCGGUGGCAUGCUCCGCGCCACCUUUGUCAUCGCCGCGGGCCUCCUCGGCGCGGGCGGCGGCCUGGGUUCGCAGACGUCGGCGGACCUGCGCAGCGUCGGCCACGGCCUGACCCUCGCGGGAUACAUUGUCUUUGCCGUCGAGCUGGUCGUGCUCACGGCCAUGCAAGUCUACUUUUGGCGGCGGCGGUCCGGGUUCCUCGAGAGCAGUCAAAAGGUCCUCUGCGGCGCGCUCCUCGCGAGCCCCUUCAUCAUGGUGCGCACCGUGUACGGCAUCCUCGAGGUCGUGUACCAGAGCGACAACGCGACCAAGUGGAACCCCGUGUACGGCUCGGCCGUCGUGUUUGCCUUUAUGGGCCUGCUGAUGGAGUAUGCUGCCCUGUGCCUGUACCUGUACACGGGCUACUCGAUCCCGCCGGGGCGAGGGCUGUCUGUUGGACGGGAUGAGGCGCCGGUGGGAAAGGUCUGA